GCUUUUCUCACUCUCAGACCGUCUCCCUUCGCCUGCUCCGUCUCUUACUCUUGCUCGUUCCCCAGCGUCCCCCAGAGCCGGGUGACUCCCCGCUCUCGGUCCACUACUGACCAAGUAUCAAGGGGUGCGGCGAUGGAGCCGCCACUGGUAUUCAAUGCUUCAGGAAAUUCCUGCGCCCCAGAACUCGGGCAGGUCCCGGACUCACGACCGGGACCGGGACCCUUUCCCGCGUUGCAUCCCGGAGGGUUCUCUGCUCCGGUGGUCGCGUUGCUGGCCACGCUCAUGGCGCUGCUGGUGCUGACCACGGUGCUGGGCAACGCUCUGGUCAUCCUCGCCUUCGUGGUGGAGCGGAGCCUGCGCACGCAGGGAAACUUCUUUUUCCUCAACCUGGCUAUCGCCGACCUGUUGGUAGGCGGAUUCUGCAUCCCUCUCUACAUCCCUUACGUCCUGACCGGAGAGUGGAAGUUUGGGAAGGGGCUGUGCAAGUUGUGGCUGGUGGUGGAUUACCUAGUGUGUACUGCCUCUGUCUUCAACAUCGUCCUCAUCAGUUUUGACAGGUUCAACUCUGUCACCAGGGCGGUGACUUACAGAGCUCAGAAGGGAAUGACCAGAAAUGCUGUCUUUAAGAUGCUCAUAGUAUGGCUAGCAGCGUUCCUCCUUUAUGGUCCUGCUAUCAUCUGCUGGGAGUACAUUGCCAGAAAAAGCAUCUUGCCCCGAGGAGAAUGCUAUGCUGAGUUCUACUACAAUUGGUAUUUUUUGAUGAUUGCUUCCACCAUUGAAUUCUUCACCCCCUUCAUCAGUGUCUCCUACUUUAACCUGAGCAUCUAUAUCAGCAUCAGAAAACGUACACUCCUGAGAAUAGACAAUCUUGACUCAAGUAAAGAGAAUUGUGAAAUGAACCUUCUGGAAAAAAGAAAGGGACAUGUCAUAUUUUUUAUUAAGCCAGCUGAGUGGAACAGGAAGAAGAAAAAAGAACAUGGUCUCUUCCCUAAUGGGCCUCUUGGUCCCAAGCAUGAAAGCCCCUCUUCUUUAGAUAUACAAGAUGCACAAGAUCUGCCUCCUUUACAAAUUGAAAUGAAAAACAAAGCAAGCCAAGUCUAUGAAGCCACAGAAAGUAUUUGCAAUGCCACAAGGCACCCAGACAUUGCCAGGACAAUGGCAAAUCGCCUUCGACUCUCUCGGGACAAGAGAGUGGCUAAAUCUUUGGCCAUCAUCGUGUGCGUAUUUGGGCUAUGCUGGGCACCUUAUACACUGCUUAUGAUUAUCAGAGCUAUGUGUCAUGGAACAUGUGUGCAACAUUUUUUCUAUGAGUUCUCUUUUUGGUUACUUUGGCUAAAUUCAGCCAUUAAUCCUGCUUUAUACCCACUCUGUCACGUGAGCUUUCGGAAAGCUUUCCUCAAACUGCUAUGUCCUGGUAAAGCCAAAAUUCACCCACAUAUUUUUAGGUGAAGAAAAGGCCCAUCUGCAAGCUGCAAUCACCAAAAACCUUCAUUUCUCUUUAAAAUAGGGUCUAUGAAGUCCACUUGGUGACUAUCAAUCACUUUACUUUUACUACAGUUUUCACCAUGGAGAAUCUUUAACCAACAAAAAGUGAAAGCAUCAAAUGAAAAUUACUGCGAUUAUCACUCCAAAUUUAAUAUUCUCGUAAGGGAUGAGUUAGGAGGGAAAAAUCAUUUUUUAAUUUAUUCAUUUAGGAAAAACUUUAAUGAGAUUUAAAAAUGACUGGAGUCUGAGUUCAAAUGACUAGAUUUGUACAGAGAAAUUUAUUUUUUUCCCAAUAAGUAUACCAAAUGUUUUUAUUUAUGCAAGUGUUCAUCAGAUGCUUGUAUGCUCAAAGCAAUGCCUAUUUAUAAAACAACAUGUAGAUAAAUAAAAGUACUACUUUUAAAAACUCAAAUAUAAAAAUUCAUUUAACA